CGACACGACACUACACCAGGCCAGCGGAACGAUUUCCGCCAAUGUUCGCACCACGAAAAUCGAACCUUUCUCAAUCACACAAAGAUGUUUAUCAACAACGAUAACAACGCAACAUGGCCGCCGCACAGAUCGAGCGGAUACGAGCAUACCGCGAUUUCACGUUUUACUGUGCAUGCGGCGCCAUCUGGCACAAAUAUUUCGAAUUAUCCGUGCUGCACUGCUCGCACAGAAUUGAGUAGCAGAAUAAAAAUUUAGUAAAAGAUCUCGUACGCUGGAAAAAGUUAUCUUAACAGUUUAGGAUUCUGCCGGCAGUUGAAACAUUUAAAAACGACAAUUUUCCAAAACCGUUAAAACUAAGCAACCAGAAUCGUGCCAGACGAAGUUACAAGCUUAUUGGAACCGAUAUUUUUGUCGAGCAGCUUACACGCCGCGGGGGAAAUCCAACCGUUCGAGCGGCGUCUUUAGAAAAGCGAAGAACGCGACAAGAUGCAAUCCUCGGUGCUGGGUACAGAUUCGUACGGGCGACGGCGACCGCCAAGAAAACUAUCGUCGCAAUAUAUCCCUCAUUCUUCGAAAGCCAGUUGAUAAGGAUAGGUCGCGCGCGCGCCGCUCGCGUAUUUAAAGAAAGUGCGAACCGAAACUUGUUUUAAUUCGUCGCGAAGUGUGCUGCGUAGCUUUUCCGUGUCCCGAUUGUGCUUUGUCUCGCGCGCGCGCCGACAUGUCGUUCUUCAAGACGAUGCUGAAGGGAAACUCGAAGCACAAAAAACUAUCGGAGGAGCAGGCGCUGCAAAACGCGAAGGAGACGGCGGAAGCCGAACACGUGGCGGAAAACGACGAAGAAGUCGUCACAUUCAAACUGAAAUAUUUGGGGAGUACCGUGGUUGAGAAAGUGAGUGGUGAUAUCAGCACCGAUGCGGUGAAAAAUAUCAUCAAAACGGCGAAGGCGUCGAGGAAACAACAAAAAAAGUUGCAGAGGGUGGUCGUCGCCAUAUCCGGCAAGGGAAUCGCGGUCUCGGACCUCCAAGGCAACGACAUCUUCAAAGUUUCGAUUUACCGGAUAUCGAACUGUGCGUCAGACGGCACGCACCGGCAAGUGUUUUCCUUCAUUUCCACCGACCAGAACGACAUCAAGGAAUGCCACGCGUUCCUCUGCUCCAAGAGGAAAAUGGCGGAGACGGUGACGUUGGCGGUGGCGAAAGCGUUUAGCGCGGCUUACCAAGCGUGGCGAGUGUCGCCGGCCACGCAGGAGUUUCAAAACAACUUCAAGAACGCGCAACAAGCUCCGACGCACGCCGAUCGCACCGACGAAAGUGGCAAGAACGCGAUCGUCGAAGAGAAACUUAUCAAUUUCGAUAGCGACGGUAUCGACGAUGACGAAGACGAGUUCGACCAGCUCUGCAAGAACCGAGCGGUGUCCAACAACUCUUGGGUGUGUUUUGACGACGACUUCGUGAACGGCAACGCCAAACUAACUCAUAGAAACGAACUGAUACUAGUUUGAAUAUCUCUUUGGUCCGAGAUUGAAAUGCAUUUAAUAGCAAUAAAACUGUAAAUGUCUGUCGCGAAAUCAACAUUUAUAUUUGUAUAUAGGCGAAACUAAAUUGGAUACUUUUCGGGUGAAGAGUCCAAAAAAAUAUUUAACCCAAAAAUAAAUCCAGCCAAAUAGGCGCUCGCACCGUUCGCUACAAUGCUGGCGGACCCGUCGCUCAUCUUAAUACUCUAAUUUUGGGACAGAAUAAAUAAUUAUUAUGUUUAGUUGUUAAUGUUUACAAUAAAUAUACAAAAAUGCC